UGUCUCUUAAGGGUUCUGGGUUUUAGCUGUUUGGGUUUUAUUUGGUUUCGUUUCUCACUUAUUGUUUUGUCUUUUCCAAGAACAGGAACAGUGAAAGGUUCGGUUUUUUGGGUUUCGAUCUGAUAAUCAACAAGAAAAAAGGGUUUGAUUUAUGUCGGCUGGGUUUGAAUCGACUGUGAUUUUGUCUUUGAUUCAUAUCUCUUCUCCGAUUUCAUCAUCAUCUUCCCCAUCAUCGUCGUCUUUGAAAUCUUGUCUUCUCAACGCUCUUCACUUCUGCUGUAAUAAGCAGAGGCUUGUUCUGGAGACUCCUUCUCUUUCCAUGCGCUUAAGACCCAAAAGGACUUGUUCUAGUGUUGAAGUCUUUGGGGGUUUUCACAUAAAGCAGCAAAAGUUUUCUUUUUUCAUAGUUCGCUGAGAGUUUUGAGUUUUGAUACCAAAAAAGUUUUGACCUUUUAGAGUGAUUUUUUGUUCUUUCUGUUUUCUGGGUAUUUUUGAGGAGUGGGUUUAACAAUGGUUGCGAUUAGAAAGGAACAGUCUUUGAGUGGUGUUAGUAGCGAGAUUAAGAAGAGAGCUAAGAGAAACACUCUAUCGUCCCUUCCUCAAGAAACCCAACCUUUGAGGAAAGUCCGUAUUAUUGUGAAUGAUCCUUAUGCUACUGAUGAUUCCUCUAGUGAUGAGGAAGAGCUUAAGGUUCCUAAGCCAAGGAAAAUGAAACGUAUCGUUCGUGAGAUUAACUUUCCUUCUAUGGAAGUUUCUGAACAGCCUUCUGAGAGUUCUUCUCAGGACAGUACUAAAACUGAUGGCAAGAUAGCUGUGUCAGCUUCUCCUGCUGUUCCUAGGAAGAAGCCUGUUGGUGUUAGGCAAAGGAAAUGGGGGAAAUGGGCUGCUGAGAUUAGAGAUCCUAUUAAGAAAACUAGGACUUGGUUGGGUACUUUUGAUACUCUUGAAGAAGCUGCUAAAGCUUAUGAUGCUAAGAAGCUUGAGUUUGAUGCUAUUGUUGCUGGAAAUGUGUCCACUACUAAACGUGAUGUUUCUUCAUCUGAGACUAGCCAAUGCUCUCGUUCUUCACCUGUUGUUCCUGUUGAGCAAGAUGACACUUCUGCAUCAGCUCUCACUUGUGUCAACAACCCUGAUGACGUCUCGACCGUUGCUCCAACUGCUCCAACUCCAAAUGUUCCUGCUGGUGGAAACAAGGAAACGUUGUUCGAUUUCGACUUUACUAAUCUACAGAUCCCUGAUUUUGGUUUCUUGGCAGAGGAGCAACAAGACCUAGACUUCGAUUGUUUCCUCGCGGAUGAUCAGUUUGAUGAUUUCGGCUUGCUUGAUGACAUUCAAGGAUUCGAAGAUAACGGUCCAAGUGCGUUACCAGAUUUCGACUUUGCGGAUGUUGAAGAUCUUCAGCUAGCUGACUCUAGUUUCGGUUUCCUUGAUCAACUUGCUCCUAUCAACAUCUCUUGCCCAUUAAAAAGUUUUGCAGCUUCAUAGGAUCUUGCUUAGUAAUGUUAAGUGAGAAGAGUGUUUUGUUUUUUCGUUUAUGCUUUAGUAAUUUAAGACAUACAAAAGUGUGUGUUCCGGAUUGUAGUAAGAUCUUAAGACAUAAAGCCGGGUUUUGCAAUUAGGAAUCGAGUUUUAAUGAAGUUUUAGUUUAUGUUUGAUUGAUGUUUUGCUGAUUCUGGUUUCUCUUCUCUUUUACUUUGGGUUUUUCAUUGUGCUUUUAAGAGCCGUCCAAAGUGAAAGAGUUUUGAUGAGAAUUCCACUGUCAGUUUUAUUACAUCAUUCUCCACUUUCAUCUUUCGUUAAUGUGAAAAACAAAAUAUUAAUGGAAGAAGCUUUUUAGUUU